ACUCGCGAAACUUCGUGAAGCCGAGGAGCGUGUCUCUCUCUUUGUUGGGGGGCGAUUCGCAGGAAAGAAAGAGGGAAUGUUAUUGCCGUUGGCAGGGUCUAUGGCGAGUGCUCUUAAAGGCUGUGAGACGUUCUGUAUAUAUUGCAAAAGCCUAUUGCGUGCUGGUAGGAGGGAGAAGCACGCUGUAUGAGGAUUGGGAUAGGGCCUUUGGUCACCGCGGUUAUUCUCUGGGUCUUUCCUCGCGCCGCGCGCCGACACCACCCCCUGCGUCAUGGCACUUCGAAUAAAGGAAUAAAGAAGCAGUGCGAAAGAUGGCAGCGGACUACGACGAGUGUUCCUAGUGCUCUCGGCGAGUGUUCACAGUAUUUCGAAACAUUUUGCGCGCAGCUGCGAGUAACGCGCGCGUUACGUAUAAAUAGAAUCUCUCACGAGGAAGGAGAAACGAAGUAAGGCCCUCGUAGAAUGUCGCGGGUGUCGCUCAACAAGUCGCAGUACAGCCAGUACGGCUCGCGUCGCGUACGCAAAAUAAGCACGACGGAGAGCGAAUAUUCGGUCGAGGAGCAGGCAAGGCUGACAGGAGUCGAUGGAGGGCCCGACGAAGCCUCCCCAGAGGAUGAAGGAGGAUCACUAUGCGAAUAUCACGACAUCCCACCACCGCCGGAUGGUGGUUACGGUUGGGUGGUGGUAUUCGCAUCAUUUAUGUGUAAUAUGAUAGUGGAUGGCAUUGCGUAUACGUUCGGCAUCUUCCUUACAGAAUUUGUUAAUUACUUUGGUGAAGGCAAAGGAAAAACUGCAUGGGCUGGUUCCCUUUUGUCUGGCAUGUACCUUAGUGCUGGUCCUGUGGUUAGCGCUCUGACAAACAAGUACGGAUGUCGAGCAGUGUGUAUGGCUGGUAGUUUCAUUGGUGCGGCGGCAUUUGUACUUUCAACAUUUUCAACCUCUGUAAAUAUGCUUAUGGUGACUUACGGUUUAAUGGGAGGUAUAGGAUUUGGUUUGAUAUACCUACCUGCAGUGGUUUGCGUAGGCUAUUAUUUUGAAACUAAGAGAUCUUUAGCUACGGGUAUAGCGGUAUGCGGCUCAGGAUUUGGUACUUUCGCAUUUGCACCGCUUGCUACCCUGUUAAUAGAGACUUACACUUGGAAAGGAGCAAACUUAAUUCUAGCUGGCCUCAUUCUUAAUUGUGCGGUAUUCGGUGCAAUGAUGAGACCUUUGGAGUAUCCAAAGACGGCGUCUGUUAAACCUCUGUUACAAAGAAUGGCGGAAGAAAGAAGAUUUCAAAUGGAACGUGGGAGUAUCGCGGGUUCAUAUUUCAUGGUUCAAUUACCAGAUGGUUCCAUGGAAAAGAGAAUGAAAAUGCCAAUUAAUGUUGAUCCCGGUGUACACUCCAGCUUUAAUCUAGACCAAUUAGUGCCUGGAACGCCUUUAACACCAGUACCGACCGUACCAACACUACCGACUAUAUCUGAAGUUAAAGUACAAGAACACUCCUCCAGUGGGACAACUAGUGCUAGUGGCAGUAUGGACUUAAAAAAUACGUCGGCCAAGUCUAAGAGCAAGAAAACCGUUGAGGAUACCAAAGACGCAAAAGAAACAACGGAUAAGCCCGAGAGCGAGUUCAAUAAGCCUAAUAUCCCAAGAAAUGCUUCCCAGCCAGCUUUCACAACCCACGUUCAAGGAUUGCCUAAGAAUGGGUCUGUACCUUUCUUCGAUAGAAUUCGCAAGACCAGCACUGGUGAACGUUACAAACCGAGCUUGAGUGCUAUAAAGAAUUCUCGAACGACACUUAAUUCUAACGGAGACAUAAGGAAAAGCCUGCAUUUAAGACUUUCUACGAGUAGUAUGCUUGGAUCUCGAAAUAAUAAUACUGAGGUAGACGAUGGUGAGAGUAUCACUUUCACAACUAGUAAGUCUAGCAUCCCAAAGGAAAAGCCUAUGAUUGUACGUCCUCUGUCAAGGAAAGAUAUUUUUUACAGUGGUAGCGUACUAACCCUGCCAGAAUAUCAGAGCCAGAAAUCUCUUGCUAAUUAUCGCCAGAGUGUUAUCUCCAUACCGAAAUCUAUGCGAGGUGACGUUAAGGAUGGCGAUGUCGAAAAAGCCCCACAACAACCUCUAUGCCCUUGUUUGGUACUUCCGGAAUCCUUCAAGGAAGCUCUUGCAACCAUGAUGGACAUGUCCUUGUUAAAAAAUCCAGUAUUCCUCUUGAUUGGCAUUAGCAAUGUGUUCGGAAUGGCCGGACUGUAUGUGCCCUUCGUAUACUUGGUGGACGCUGCUGAGGGAGAUGGCAUCGAUAAAAGUUCCGCAUCAUUUUUGCUAUCAAUCAUUGGAAUCACAAAUACAGUUGGUCGUGUGGCUUGCGGUUACGUUGCUGAUUUUCCGCAAGUUAAUUCGUUACUAUUAAAUAACGUUUGUUUGAUCGUCUCGACAAUUGCUGUGGCAGUAACACCAUUCUGUCACACCUACCCAGCCUACAUAGCCAUGAGUAUCUUCUUCGGACUAGCUAUAUCUGGCUACAUCUCGUUGACUUCGAUCAUUCUCGUGGAUCUCUUGGGACUGGACAAAUUGACCAAUGCCUUUGGACUUCUCAUUUUAUUUAGAGGAGCUGCCGCCAUUGUUGGCUCGCCUUUGGCAGGUGCCGUUUAUGACAUUACGCAAUCGUACAGCAUCCCGUUCUUCAUGGCAGGAUUUUUCUUCCUCCUUAGUACUAUUACCAGUUUUAUGGCACCUGCCAUGAAGCGCUGCAUUAAGCCACAGGCUCAACCUGUGAUAUUAGAUACACUGACUCCAAUUGAUGAAGAUAUCGAGGAAGAGAAUGAGGAUGAUAUUCCUGAAAUUGUAGAAACUGCUCCGUCACCUCAAGAUCCACCUGAAAAGGAGAUAAAGCAGAUUGAAUCUGUGCUAUAAUUGAACCUAAGGGUUUUUAUCGAUUUUUUUUUUUAAUCGGUUUAAUUUAGAAAGAUCAUAAAUCCAUCCAAUAUCUUUCUUCGAUCAUUUUCCUUUUUUCUAAUUACAAAGAUGAGCUUUUACUCCGAGAGCCAUGCUGUGAUAGGGCUGCUGUUUCUUGUGAAGAUUAUUACGGAGCUAUUUCUUUUUAUUGAAUAUUGAAUGGACGAAGCACAAGAUAGAAGCGUACCCACUUUAGAAUUUUCUACGCCUUGUUAGCACCACAGCUAAAUAUCAUUGAUGACAAAAUGAGCGCCAUUGAAAAUUUCACGUGGGGCGAAUUGUUUUUAUCUUAUUUCUUUUUUUUAAGUUAAGACGGCGUAUAAAGCGUAUUAAACUUAAUCAGUAUCGAGUAUCAGUAUGAAAAUUAACGAAAAGAAAAACUUACAAAAAAUUUGCGCUUUUGCACGUGCAUAUCGAACAAAGUACUUUGACCCUUAAAUUCCACAUCUCGGUCACGCACCUUUAAAUUUGACACUGGCUGGUUGCAGAUUUGCACCAGUGUGGAAUUUAAGGGUUAUUCUGGAUAAUAAGUAGAAAGCAGUGAUUUAAACUGAUGUAUGAAUAAUUUUUGUUGUUUAAAGCUGUUCUUGGGUUGAUCCCGAUAAUUAAGCUUGGAUUACCUGUGAAAAAAAAAUAGAUAUAUAUUUCUCACAUACGUGACAUAUGUACAUAAACCGGAUCACGUUAUGUGGAUUAAUCCAUUGAUUAACAUACGAAAAGAAAUGAAACAUAGUUUGCUGUUACGGAAAGAACUUGUAAUUGUAAAUAAUAUAAAACAAUUUGUAAGAUAGUAAUGACAAAUUGAUAAGAUUAGUUAAUUGUCGUUGACGAUAACGAUAAUUUCUAUAUUGGAGCACCGCUCCCGAGACGCUAAUUAAUAUAUACAUUGUUUAACGAACAAUUAACAAUUAAUAUAUUAAUGAAUAGAAAAUAAUUAAUAUAUUAAUUAUUGAAUUAGGGGGUUUCAAUAAUAUACACACAACACUUCUCGUCCGCCACAACUGGUUUGUGUUAAUUAAUUAAUGAUUAUCGAACAACUUGCUCGCUUAGUCGAUUGCCUGUCGCUCGUCCAAUUACUAAAAUCUAAAGAAGCACGUUAAUUAACACAAACUUAAAAUUAAUAAAGAUAUUGCAUUACACGGAGGAAAGAAACAGGAAAAAAAAGACAAGAAAAAUAUGGCACACCGAAUAAUUGACACUUAUUGUGUCGCUUGCGUUACGGAAGCCGCUAUUUAAUUGAUUAAUGACUAUUGAAUGAUGAAUAUUGAAAUUAUGUGAUUUAUAUAUAUACAUACAUACACAUAAAUAUAUAUAUAUAUAUAUAUACACAAGGGCCCACGCGGCGACACUUAAAACACACCUAUUACCUUUAUACAAUAACGAAAGGAAAUCAUUGUAAAUUUAAAUUGUUAAUUGCGAAACAAUCAAUGUGUCGCGGUGUAAAUAGUAUAUAUGACAUUAUUAUUAUUACCGACAACUACCACAAUUAUUGCAAAACAGCUAAUACUACUAUUACACUAUUGCUACUACUAUUACUACUAUUUACUAUUGCUACUACUACCACUACUAUUACUACCGGUAUCAACACCAUCAUUAUUAUUAUAUUAAUUUUUAUCGUUGAUCUUCAGAAGACAGCGUUUUGUGGUUCGACUCAAAUAUGAUAUGCAUACUCGGGAUUUCCGUGCGCGUAAAAUCGUACAGACUAUAUGGGAUUAUUAAUUAUAUUCAUUUAUAAAUAUAAUUAAUACGUGAGCCAAUCCGUGUAUGUUUGUAAAUGACACGUGGGAUAGAAAAAUGGAAAUGAUAUAUAACUCACGUACUUAUACGUGCACGCGCAUACGUAAUUAUUAAAGUGCAUACGCGCAAUCGGAUGUGUACAUACACGAGGCGCGCUCAGGACGCGUGCAUGUGUUAAUAUAUGAUAUGGUACAAAGAAGGACAAAUGUAUUAGACGACGUUUAUCGAAAUUGAAGAGGAGUUAUGAAUUUUUAUUAUUGAAAUUCA